CUUGCGUAAACCCUAUAUUUUCUUGUGUAAGAGCAAACAUUUGGUGGCUAAUGUUAAGGAAAUUUACCCUCAGAGAGACACAUACCAAGAAGAAAUUAAGGCAACUAUGGAGACCCUCUGGCUGUGCCUUCUCUGCCUGAGCGUCUCUCGGCUCUCCAGAGCGAGCUCCAUGUUCUCCGUGGUCACGGACAGCGUGCUGCCUCCUGAUGCGCUCCACAACCCCACGCAGCUGAACUAUGGCAUGGCCGUCACAGACGUGGACGGGGACGGAGACCUGGAGGUGGUGGUGGCCGGGUACAACGGCCCCAAUCUUGUCCUGAAGUAUGAUCCGGGUCAGCAGAAGCUUGUGAACAUUGCCGUGGACGACCCCAGCUCCCCCUUUUACGCCCUGAGGGACACUCAGGGCAACGCCAUCGGAGUGACCGCGUGUGACGUGGACGGGGAUGGACGAGAGGAGAUCUACUUCCUCAACACCAACAACGCCUACUCAGGCCGCGCAACCUACUCUGACAAGCUCUUCAAGUUCCGUAACGGGCGAUUUGAGGACCUGCUCAGCGACGAACUCAACCUGCGCAGAGGGGUGGCCAACAAGAUGGCUGGGAGAUCUGUGGCAUGCGUGGACAGAAAGGGCACGGGGCGCUACUCUGUGUAUGUUGCUAACUACGCUAGCGGUAACGUGGGCCCCCAUGCACUGAUUGAGAUGGACGAGGCGGCCAGUGACCUCAGCAGAGGCAUCAUCGCUCUCACAGACUCAGGAGCUCAGGCAGGCAUCAACAAAUACACUGGUGGCCGUGGUGUUGUGGUUGGGCCAAUCGUUAGCGACUCCAGAUCGGAUGUGUUCUGUGACAACGAGAACGGCCCAAACUUCCUGUUCCGCAACAAUGGGGACGGAACUUUCAGUGACAUCGCCGGACAAGCAGGCGUGGAGGACAGCCACCAGCACGGCAGAGGGGUGGCCCUGGCUGACUUCAACGGAGACGGCAAGACCGACAUCGUCUACGGCAACUGGAAUGGCCCACACCGUCUGUACAUGCAGGGCUCCAACCAGAAGUUUAGGAACAUUGCCACACAAGCCUUUUCCUCCCCCUCUCCCAUUCGGACGGUCAUCGCUGCCGACUUUGACAAUGACAAACAGCUGGAGGUUUUCUUCAACAACAUCGCCUACAGAGGACACUCCCCCAACCGCAUCUUCAGAGUGAGCAGGAGAUCGGGGUCGGACCCCAGCAUUGAGGAGCUGAACGUAGGGGACGCAGCGGAACCACAGGGCAGAGGGACAGGUGCCACAGUGACUGACUUUGAUGGCGAUGGCCUGCUGGACCUGUUGAUUGCUCAUGGCGAGAGUGCAAAGCAGCCCAUAUCAGUCUACAAGGUCACACAGGGCUCCACCAAUAACUGGCUGCGAGUGGUUCCUCGUACGCGCUACGGCGCGUUCGCCCGCGGAGCCAAGGUGGUGGUCUUCACCGGCCAGAGCGGAUCCCACACGCGCAUCAUCGACGGGGGCUCGGGCUACCUCUGCCAGAUGGAGCCGGUGGCUCACUUUGGCCUGGGAGAUGACAAGGUGGUGAGCCUGGAAGUCUAUUGGCCAGACGGCAAGUCCAUCAGCAGAGCGCUGAGGGAGGAGGAAGCAAACUCCACCGUGGAAGUCACUUACCCCAAGGAGGGAGAGGAGUCACGACUGACUGCAGAUUCUCAGUGUGGGAGUGGCUUCACCUUGAACGAACAAGGACGUUGUACAGGUACAAACUGAUCUCCAACAGAAGACGAUGAGGAUCUGAUCAAUGAAACUAUUCCAAAGAUAAACUAUUCCAAGUGAAAAAAGUAUUUUUCACAUUGAUGCUGUUACAGUUCAAUUUAUAUUCAAUUUCAACUGAAAUGACUUAGAGAGAGAGAGAGAGAGAAUAUGUAUGUGUGUGUGUUUGAGAGAGAGAGAGAGAGAGAGAGAGAGAGAGAGAGAGAGAGAGAGAGAGAGAGAGAGAGAGAGAGAGAGAGAGAGAGAGAGAGAGAGAGAUGGGAUAAGCAAUGCUGAAACGGAAUGUACUUUUGUUUUGUUUUGGAUUAAGUUUGCACUAGAUUUUGUUUUAUGACUUUUUUGUAUUAACAACUCUCUCCGCACACUGUUUACGCCUUAAAGGAAUGAAGAGUCUGCUUUCUGUUGUAUGUUUGAGGAUUGUAUGUAGUACCCUAUGCGUGUUGGCCUGACCAGUCUGUCAAUAAACUUCUGUUUUAUUUUCCAAACAAAACCCAUCCACCCCCGCGGUGAUGUUUUUGACACUUUACGGCCCGCUCUCCUCUCAUGUGCUGGACGCCAGAUGUUUCUUCUCUGUCUGACAUCUUUGUUCUUCUCACCCUUUGACCUUUGAACUUUCACCCCUACCGCUGCAACACAACACAACACUCACACCACCACCACCGCCGCCGUCAGAUGUGAAUGAGUGCAGGGUGAAACCCCCUGCGUGCUCUGCAGAGUCGGCCCCUUUGUGCACCAAUCUCUACGGAGGCUUUGUGUGUAAGCCCAAGAAGAAGUGUGUGGCUGGGUACAGGCUAGCCAAAGGGGGCCGCGCCUGCGUGGGUGAGUCUGUCUGUCUGUCUGCCCC